GCCGGCGUGCCGGAUGUAGAUCCCGCAUUCUCACGGUCGAAAUAUCACUCGCGAUGCUGUCGUCGUCGUCCCCACCGCGCGGCGCCGCGCUGUAUUCUUGCAAGAAUGAGGCCUCUCCUUCGAUCCGAUGCUCUCCCAGGGUUACAGUCACGUCGUCGAGCGCCAAAUCCAUCCUCCACAGCUCAGGAUCGCAUGCUUCAUCCGAGAAAUCUGGGGUCCGGAAGGCGGAGGCAUCGGUGCCCCGGGGGGAGAGGAAGAAGAUUAUAGCUCUGUGCCUGAUGUUCUUCUGCAUCCUCUUCGCCUAUGGCGUCCUGCGAGACACCAAGGACGCUUUGGUGGUGGCGGCCAAGGGAAGCAACGCCGAGAUCAUCCCUUUCCUCAAGACCUGGGUGAAUCUCCCCGUGGCUAUCGGCUUCACGGUCGUCUACACCAAGCUCUCCAACGUUUUGUCCAGGGAAGCUCUCUUCUACGCUUGCGUCCUUUCAUUUGUCGGGAUUUUCGGGAGUUUUGCCUUCGUCCUAUAUCCUUUACGAGGCAUUCUCCACACGACUGCUCUCGCGGACGAUCUUCUCUCGGGGCCGAUUGCUCUCUUUCGCAACUGGGCGUUCGUGCUUUUCUACGUCAUGGCCGAGUUAUGGGGAAGCGUCGUUGUAUCAGUCCUCUUCUGGGGAUUCGCGAACCAGAUCACCUCUCUGGAUGAAGCAAAGCGGUUUUAUCCCUUGUUCGGGUUGGCAGCCAACGUAGCGCUUGUUUUCGCAGAACGAACUGUCAAGUUCUUUGCUGAGUUACGAGGACGCCUUGGACCCGACAUUGAUGGUUGGGGGUUCUCUCUCAAGGGAAUGAUGAGCAUCGUUGUGAUGCUUGGCUUCACCAUAUGUACCAUAUACUGGUGGAUGAACGCUUAUGUUGUUAACGAUCGCAAUCUUCCUAGGAAGAAAAAGAUCAAGGCUACAACGAGCGUGGGUGAGAGUGUAAAGCUGUUGGUCAAGUCGAGAUAUAUCCUGGAUCUUGCAACACUCGUCAUUGCCUACGAAAUUAGUAUCAACCUCAGCGAAUCUCACGUGGGAUAGUGAGGUGGUUAUGAUAGUUAUAUCGCUUAUACUCUAUUACCACAGCUUCCAAACUCAACAUUCCUGGAAGAUUUUUCGACCUGGAUUGGAAUCAUGAGUUUAAGUAUGACGUUGCUGAGCAGGCUAAUCUUCAACAAUUUCGGAUGGGGUGUUUUGGCUGCUAUUAUAUCAAUCGUGAUACCUGGAAUCACCUUUUUAUCGCUGGCGUUAUCCAAUGGUUCAGAAACUCCAUUCGUCAGAGGUAUUGGAGUGACAGUAGCUGUUUACGUUGGGAUUGUGCAACAUAUAGUCAAGAAAAACGCAAAGUACAGCCUCUUUGAUCCUUGCAAAGAAAUGACUCACAUCCCUCUUGACGAAGAUACAAAGGUGAAAAGCAAAGCUAUCGUUGACAUUAUUUGCAAUCCAUUGGGAGCUGCCCUGGUCUUGAUGUUAGGACCACUUUCAACUCCCUACGUUUGCAUGGUGCUGUUGGUUAUCAUGUUAGCUUGGUUGAGAGCUGCUCGAUCACUUGACAAGCAAUUUCGGAUGGUCCCCGUGGCUGUAUAUUGCUCCAAGGUAAGAACUGCUUCUUCUGCGAAGUUUAUUUAUUUAUUUUUUUCCGGACAGGAACGUUCUUCUACUGCACUUGAAGUGGGAAAAAGUGUUUUUGUAUGCGCCGACCGACUUGUUGUCACUGAAAACAACCGUCCGGCUGGGGGGUUUGUGAAGCUCUGCUGGGUCGGACCCAAGACUAUCGCUGCUUCUUCAGGCGACUUUAUGCAGAUAUCAUGUUCGUAUGAUGAGGCUCUUGGGCUGUUUCGAGAAGUAUAUGGGUCUAUCGACGAGGCCGAGGCAGUUCUUGGAACAUCGAUGGGAAAAGCUCUUGCAAAAUCAGAUGAAGAUCCAGAAAAUUUUAGAGUGCAGACGAUCGUCAUGGGGCCCCUGGGAAUCAGGUGCAUAACAGGGUUUGGAUCCAACAAGGGGAUGAAAUUGAUAAAGGGACCUGUUGAACCUACUCUAGUGUACGCUGGGUGUGGAGGAGAGGCAGCAGCAUGGCACCUGGCUCGUUCUCGGAAUAAACUCAAGGCAGAGAUUCGUUCGACAGGCGAUUACAUCGAAGUGGUCAAGCUCCUCAUAGAAAGCAUCAUUGCCUCUGGAAAGGGUCACCCAGAAGUAGGGGGAGGUUGCGACGUUUUCAGUUUCUGUGACGGUAUCUCUCAAUCUACAGCUGCCGAAGUCCAAGAAGAACUUCAACCGCUAGCGAAACAAAUUCGGUGCUUUGAUCUUCCCGGCUGUGGGUUUUCCGUGGGCAACAUGGAGCUAGAUGAAGAAGUCAUCUACACGAGCUAUUGA